AUGCCGGGUGUUAUCGAAACCUCCGCUAGUGCCAUGGCACGCCCAAACUUAGGCUUCAGCGUGGGGCAUCAGAAGGUUGAGUUAGAUAUUGAUCUAGCAACAAAAAGUCUGAAAGGAAAUACCGAAAUCACGAUCCAUCCACGCCGCAAGGACCUGACAACCAUCUGGUUGAAUUUUCGACAGGGAGAUAUCAAGCGUGUGAGCGUCAAUGGAAAAUCUGCUACUGCCAGAUAUGCAGACCCUUACGAAUCCCUUCAACUCUACGGAGUGCAAUACCACGAACGUCUCACACAAAAUAUCGAUGGACUUUUACAGACACCCCCGACACCUACACUGCCGAUCACAAUUCCCAAAAACGUUCGCAUCGAUGAACUAGAUCCAUCUUCCGCAGAGGCCCAGGAUCAGAUUGCGCUACAAUCCACCGCCGAUGAUGUGGAUGGAACUGCCGGUGUCCGGGCCCCGGAAGCGAAUCUCCCGCGCUUCACGUCUUUGACUGUGAACAUUGAAUUUGUCAUUGAUAAAAUCCGAGAUGGCCUUCAGUUUGUGGGUGUUGAAAAUGGAGAUAAGCGGUAUCCUCAUGCGUAUACGACCAACUCCUUGGAGUCUGGUAUCGGCUGUCCCCUGUUCCCUUGUGUGGACGAUACAGCUUCGCGGUGUACUUGGGAGAUCUCCAUCACAUGUCCUAGCUCGCUCGGAGAUGUUUUCGACCGCAAAUCUCGUGAUGCGUUCGGCUCAGCAUCGUCACGCCCCAAGGUGCAGACCCAUCAACUCUCUGUGGACGAUGAAGGUCUCGACAUGUCAGUGGUGUGCUCUGGUGACCUGACGGAUGACAUUGUCGAUCCCAAAGACCCGAGUCGGAAGACAGUCUCAUUUGCAUCAUACUCUCCAUUGGGAGCUCUUCAAAUUGGAUUUGCAAUCGGCCCGUUUGAAUACGUCAACUUGGCCGACUUUCGUGAAAGUGACCAAGACGAACAACUAGGUCAAAAUGCCAUUCCUCUGCACGCAUUUUGCCUGCCUGGUCGAGCAGAUGAGGUUCAAAAUACCAGCUUCCCCAUGGCCCAAGCAAUCGACUUUUUCUCUCUGUCUUACGGAUCCUACCCAUUCGGCAGUUACAAGAUAUGUUUUGUCGAUGAUCUGGCUACUGAAAGCCUGCCCACUGCGUGUUUUUCCAUAUGCAGCAGCCAUCUUCUCUUCCCCGCGGAGAUAAUAGACCCUAUGUACGACUCUACUCGGGCCCUGGUACAUGGUCUCGCAUGCCAAUGGACAGGAAUCAAUAUUAUUCCCUACGAACCUGCGGACACCUGGGUGACGGUUGGUGUGGCAUGGUACAUCACAGAUACAUUCAUGAGGAAGCUUUGUGGAAACAACGAAUACCGUUUCAGGCUCAAACAAAUGUCUGACAAAGUCUGUGACCUGGAUUAUGAACGUCCUUCGAUCUAUGAUAUGGGCAACAUCCUCAAGGUUGAUCCCUCGGAGUAUCGUUUCGUUGCGCUCAAAGCGCCUCUGGUUUUGUUCAUCCUGGAUCGCCGUCUGACGAAGGCAAGUGGUAAGGCCACGAUGUCUCGUAUCAUUUCACGACUGUUCCUCAAUUCUCGUAUGGGAGAUAUCCCCAACGGUGCAGUCACUUCCUCCUUGUUCCAAAAGACAUGUGAGCGACUUGGACACGCCAAACUUGAUGUAUUCUUCCAACAGUGGAUUUAUGGCGCUGGCUGCCCUCGCUUUCAAGCUACACAACGUUUCAACAAGAAGAAGCUUGUUGUCGAAAUGAUGAUCAGACAGGUCCAAGCUGAGCCCCAAGCUCCCCGGGACCUGGAAAAGGACGCUUUCCUGCGGGAUGUGAAGGAAGAGGUCCGGCAUGUCUACGCUGGCGCAGUCCAACCGGUCUUCACGGGUUCAAUGACCCUUCGGAUUCACGAAGCAGAUGGAACUCCUUAUGAGCACAUUGUUGAAAUCAAAGAAGGAACAACAAAGUUUGACAUCCCAUACAAUACUAAAUACAAGAGGUUGAAGCGAAACAAAAAGCAGAGAGAACGAGCUGUGGCUUCAGGCGAGACCGAGGUACAGGAAGAGGUUCUACUCUACUGCCUGGGCGACGUGCUUCAAACAGAGGAAGAAACGAAGGCCUGGAAAUUGGCUGACUGGACCAAGGAAGAUGAAGAACGAAUGGGACAAGAGUCAUACGAGUGGAUUCGAAUGGAUGCCGAUUUUGAAUGGAUCUGCAAAUUGUCGCUUGGAAUGCCAGGGUACAUGUAUCUCUCACAGCUUCAGCAGGACCGAGACGUCGUAGCGCAACUUGAGUCCUUGCAAUACAUGGCCGCUCAACGCGAGCAUCCCUUGAUUUCUACCAUUUUUGUCCGGACCCUCAUGGACAGUCGCUACUUCCAUGGUAUACGUGUUACGGCUGCGCGCUCCUUGGUCAAACAUGCCAAGGAUGAAGUUGGGUGGGUUGGAUUGGAUCAUCUUGAAUUCGCAUUCCAAGAACUUUUCUGUCUACCGGGAUCACCAAUGAUCCGCUCGAAUGAUUUCUCCGAUCGAGCUGCAUACAUUCUGCAACAAGUUAUCCCUGAGGCCAUGUCCAAAGUUCGUGAUAAUAGCGGCAAAACUCCUUUCCGGGUAAAGCAAUUCCUGUUUGACAAGCUGAAGUUCAAUGACAACUCCAACAAUGAGUACUCAGACAACUUCUAUGUUGCCUCGUUGAUGAAAUCACUGUGCCAUGCAAUGCUUGGCAGGGGCGAGUCAAGAGCAGACGAAGAAUUAGACCACUUCGACAUGGAGCGUGUUCUUAAGGCACAGGCUGAAGAGCAACUUGAGAAGGAUGCAAUUGCAGAGUUCGAUCGUUACCGGCGAAUGGAUGAAUGGUCAAGCUCAUUCCAAAAUCUUUAUUCCAGAGCUGCACUCCACUGCCAGGCGCAAUUGAUGCAAGCAAAGAUGCUGGACAUGGAUCUGAUGCGUUUUAUCCCAUAUACGCGGGCAGGAACUUACGAUCUCCUCCGAAUGCAGGCUUUCAGUUGCCUCGUCGACCUUGAUAUCUCACAAAGCCCUGAUCUGCUCCGAUGGCUUAUGUUCACAUUUUCGGCCGAUUCUUCGGCCUGGAUCCGUCAUCAGGGGUUGCGCCUGUUUGGUCAAACCUUGGCACAGAUCGCUUUCGGGCGUCCUGUGCAGCAGGAAGCCUCGCAAAACGACGGCUUGAUCAUCGAACAAGAAUCCACCACAGAUAUCCGCCGGGACGAUAUUGCACGUCGCAAGACGAUCCCAGGUGCUAUCGAGGCCCUCAAGCGAGAGCUGAGCGACGAUGCCGCCAUGAAGGAGUAUAUGUGGGCAGCUUGCAACUCCCCGGUCAUGGGCCUACUGGAGCUCUCCGAGCUCACCGAUCUGAUUCGCGUUCUGUAUGACGUGAGCACGACCAAGUUCGUACGCAUGAAGCUGCCUCGAUACUGGAGUGUCCAAAACCUGGGCAAUGGAAAACUACGCUUCUUCCGCUCCGCUAAGACGCGCAUCGGUCCGUCUGUCAAGCGCAAGCGUGAUGACCAAGGCAUGCAGCCUCCUUCCUCUACCCGCAUCACCUUCAAGCAGUCCAAGACUGGUCUCACGCCCAGCACACCUAUUGCAACCUCUCUACCCAAACUUCACAUCCCAAGACCCUCCCCUGCGCCGAGUGGAACGCCAAAAACUCCGGCUACGGGUACUCCCAAACUGAAACUCAAGUUCGGAGGAAGACCUGCAUGA